AUGGCUAAAAACGACGACUCCGCACCGGAUCUGAAGAUCCUCGGCGACCAAAUCACACUGCAACCCAGUGGCUAUAUCAAGCCGUCCCAACCACGCGAUGACGAGAAGGAAGAGGCCCUCAUGAAGCACAUGGCACGCUUCCGCUCCGAACCCCUACAAUUUCUUCGAGAAGUCUCCCUCUACGUCUCCGGCACCGGCUGGCGCGCUUAUGAUAAUGCCAUCGGCCAACCCAUCUUCUACUCCGGUUUCAGCGACAAGAUCAAAGAUGCAGUGCUAUCGGCGCCCCUGCUGCAGUCGCGCAUCACCGACCUUGCCGAGAAGCGCAUCGCCGUGGAAGAAAAGGAAGGCUUAUUGAACAAGGAGGACAAGGACUUCCACCUGAAGCGCGCGCGCAGACGAGCCGCCAUCGAGUCUGGAAUCCAGGAGGUGGCCGAGAAGAUGACUGAUGACAUGAUUUGCAAGUUUGAGAGCAAGACGUUCAUCCGGAGCGCAUACUACCUUGUUACGCAAUUGACGCUGCGGGCAUAUCACCAAGGCAUCCAUGUAUCGAGUGAAGAAGUUCUGAGGUUGAGGAAAGUUGCCGAGGAGGCUGCCAAGAAGAAGCAGAGCAUCAUAUUUUUGCCCUGUCACAGAUCUCAUGUCGACUACGUCUCCCUACAACUCAUCUGCUACCGCCUGGGACUUGGACUGCCUGUUGUCGUCGCCGGUGACAAUCUCAACUUCCCUCUGGUCGGGAGCUUUUUGCAACACGCCGGAGCUAUGUGGAUUCGGAGAUCUUUCGGCGAUGAUAUCUUAUAUACGACCCUUGUGCAAACAUAUAUCGACACCCUUCUGCAGGGAGGCUAUAACUUUGAGUGCUUUAUCGAAGGUGGCCGGUCGCGGACUGGCAAGCUGUUGCCGCCAAAAUUCGGAAUUCUCAACUUUGUCCUCGAUAGUAUUCUCUCCGGCCGAGUAGAGGACGCCGUCAUCUGCCCUGUAAGCACACAGUACGACAAGGUCAUCGAGACCGAGGGUUACGUAACCGAGUUGCUUGGUGUACCAAAGAAGAAGGAAAACCUGGCAGACUUUGUUUCCGGCGGCUCGUCAGUUUUAUCCCUCAGAUUAGGCAGAGUAGACGUCCGCUUCCACGAGCCCUGGAGCUUGCGUGGUUUUAUUAACGAGCAACUUGUGAGACUGGCCAGGUUGCCGACAGGCCUCAACCUCGACACUAAAAACCCCGAAAAUACUGCUAUCCGACAGAAGCUUCUGCGUACGUUGGGUUACAAGGUCUUGUCGGAUAUCAAUGAUGUUUCAGUCGUCAUGCCCACUGCCCUUAUCGGAACAGUUCUGCUCACUCUGAGAGGAAGAGGCGUUGGCAAGACCGAGCUUGAGCGUCGUGUCAUGUGGCUCACUGACCGUGUUCGAGCGAAAGGUGGUCGUGUCGCCCACUUUGGCAACGCACCCCUUUCCGAUAUCAUUGAGCGUGGUCUUGAGGUUCUGGGUAAGGAUCUGGUUGGUGUCGUGACAGACUUGCCGGAGCCUACCUACUAUGCCGUCGACCGGUUCCAGCUGUCCUUCUACCGCAACAUGACCAUCCACCUGUUCAUCUCGGAAGCCAUUGUGAGCGCUGCCAUGUACAUGAAGGUCAAGCAGGGAGGCGGCCCUACCAUGCAAGACAUCUCGUUCCAGGAGUUGCAAGACCAAAUUCAGUUCCUUUCCUCACUGUUCCGUGGCGAGUUCAUUUUCCCUAGCGAGGGUUUGGCGGCGAACUUGGAAAAGACGCUGCGCGACCUCGAAGCUGACAAGGUGCUCAAGCUCCACAGAGACGAGGAGGGUAAGGUUACCGUAGUAGGGUUGUCGGACCACGAGAGAACGGUUGGACGUGAGAAUUACGACUUUUACUGCUUCCUCAUCUGGCCCUUUAUCGAGGCUAGUUGGCUCGCGGCGGUUUCUCUGAUGGGCUUGGCGCCGCCUCUAGGUCAGAAGGAUGAUAUUUGGAUUGAGGUUGCCAAAGCCCAAAGCAGUGCGCAGGUGCUCGGCAAGACGCUCUAUCACCAGGGCGAUCUCAGCUACUUCGAAGCCGUAAACAAAGAGACGCUGAAGAAUGCCUUUCAACGAUUCGAAGAAGAGGGCAUCGUCCAGGUCGUCAAGUCGAAGGAUCCCAAGGUCCCGCCCCGCCUGCGCCUCGAUCCCGAGUGGUGUCCUUCCCGCGAUCCGGAGACGGGCGUCCUCAACGCGUCCGGCCGGCUCUGGGAUUUUACAGAGAAGAUUGCGUCGAGUCGCCGCGAAGGCAAGAAUCGUCGCGAUGGCGCGACGGUCAGCACCCGCGUGCUGCGUCUCACGGAUCUCCUCGGCCGUAAACUGUUCGAGGAUGCUAAGAAUACGGACAAAAAGGGUGCCUCGCCGACUCUGAGUGCCGAGGACGCGAGACAGCUCAAGAAGAGCAUCAAGGAGCAGAGGAGGCGCAGGUCACUGGAGAACCGCGCGCAUUUGUAA